GCGCCGUUUGCGUUCGCCGUGCCACCUAGCUAGGCAAACACAAACACCCCUGCUGCUAUGCUAUCAAAUACGUGUUUCUCUUGCUGCUGUGAUCGGGAGCGUUUCUCAGCUGGAGCUUCCUCUAUGCCGUGCUGUCAAAACUGCGAUUGUUGCGAAGGGGCGCACCUCCGGUGAAAAAGUACGCAUCGCGUCCUUUGCUUCGCAAGCCAACAGUGCGAAGACGACGCAUUGGCGGUCGCUGACUUGCCCGUAUGCCCCAGAUGAGUUUGCCGGUCGUUCUGUGAAUGGAUCGAGCGGCUUUGCGAGUCUCGGACGGUGCGUCGCACAAUCACGAAACACCGCCCGAUGAUUCGAGCCUGAGUACAUCCUCGAACGAAAGUGCCGGAGCAAAACGAAAUCCCCCUGCCAAGCCACCCCGACGGCGGCACUCGGUCACAUCGUUAAAAGGAAACAUUCGUAGCACACGGAGUCGUUACAGCAGCCUCUGUCGCCCCUCGCCAAGCACCACGUCUGGUCGGCAGGGGCGUCGCAGUGACGGCGACCCUUGGGCUGAGCACGGCCAGUGGAUUCUCGACCCCCCGCCAAACUUUGGCGGUGGCACGCCCCCUUGCUUCUCGCUGAGCUAUGGGGGUGGCCGUGGUGGAUGUGGUGGUAGUGGCACGCCGAUGCCCGACAGCCGAAACGACUUCCGCUCUCUGCCCCUCAGCGUUGCACAGGAGCGCAAGCUGUGCCAUUCAACGCCCAGCCAACCAGCGGGAACUUCCACACGAAAUGUUUUGCACACGAGACCUUCACACCUCCCAACAAGCUCAACCCCUUUGCACUAUGCCAAUUUCCCGCCGAGUCCUGUCGGAAGCUCGGAGCGGGACAUCCCCGACGUUGUAUCGCGACCCAUCCUAACAGUUGCCACAGCGGCGACUCCCGGCUCAUUGAGUACUUCCACGUGUCGCCGAGGGUGUGUUGAAAGUGACAGGUCCACUGCAACUAUAGGCGGUGCCAACGGUGGUUGCACACCAGCCUGGCUUGUGGCGCCCCCUGGCAGCCCACGCCGGACUCACAGCGACCCCGUCAUCCAUCUAGACGAAGUUGAUGAGGAGCAGGCAGAUAAUCCAGGCAUCUGGACAUAUCGACCUAGGUCCGGCUUGGUCAAUAGCAAACCAGAUCAUUCUGCAACUUUGCGGGCACGAGCAGCGAUACCCGAAGAAGUGAAAGCACUCCAAGAAAUUAACAGCAAGCUGUGGAACCAGGUGCAGCACCUUCAGUCGCAGCUGGAGCUGCUGCGAAGAAUAAAGUCGCCAGACAAGUCUCUCUCCACCUCGGCCAAUGGUGUCAGCUUUGCAGAACUGUUGGCAGACGUAUACUACGCACAGCGAGAACGGGACGACUCAAUCAGUGAGCGGCUGGCAAGUGCCAACCAAAGCCUGGACCUGUACCAGAAGGAACUGCAGAAGCUAGCAGAAGCAAGGAGUGAUGCAUCAGAUGGCUCAGGCGAUGAAGAGAACUGCGACAACCUGGUCCUGAGUGGUCUUGACAAGAUACUCCAGGGUCUGGAAGGUAGCUGGGCGCCAGCACGGGUGACGCGCCACCAGGAGACGCUGCUGGCGACUGUGCAGCGUCUGCGUGACCACCGAGGCAAGAGGGCACGGCACCGGCUGCGGGCCAUCCAGGCCGAGCGGGACGUUGCACUCGAAAAGGUUAAAGUCCUCGAGAAGGAAGUUCAAGAGCUGCACAUGAAAGCCAUCUGGAAGAGCGAGAACUGGGGAUGCUCAAGCAAUGAUGCCGUGCAACAGGCGACCAAUGAGCGGAACGCUGCACUCGGCCGACUUCACGAGCUUCAAGAAAGCCUCGCAGCUCAGGCAAACAACGGUGAUCGAGGCACUGGUGACGGAGUCAAGAUAUCGACAGAAGCGCAGACAGACUUCAUUGGCGUUCAAGAUGGUGUUGAUCUGGCUGCAAGCUCAUUCCUGCAGGAGCUCAAGGAGGAAGUCAGUCGGAUCAGCCAACGUCUCGACGAAGAGGCUGCGUCACGGCAGAAUGCAGAGCUGAAGUGUCAGAGGUUGGAAGAACUGGUGAACGGCUUUCAGAAGCGCCUCAACGGACUCAACAACAGCUUCUGAUGACAUCGAACUGUGGGACUGCCCGUGCCUUCAACCUUUGCAGCAUCCACAAGUUGAAAGCCAGCUUUUUAGGGCACUAGGGAAAGGUCAACAUUCCAAGCAAAUUGUGCAUAUUCUUUUCUUCUGGUUCAUAAGCUAACCCCUGUUUCCACAGUUUAAGACACAUUUUCUGCUUCAUAGAUGCUCUAUAAAGAGUGGCUAUUGUAUAGAGCUUUGAGAAAGUGAAGAGUAGAGACUCUUUUUAUUUUUUAGAACUUGUUUGUUUGUCUCGUUCAGUGCACUGUGUUUGUUAAAUUGGUAGACAUGCCGCGUUUCUUUCAUUGAUUCUUCACUGCCUGAAAUUUUUCAGUAUGCACAGGCACAUACCGCACCUUGGGCACUACAGAUCUACUAGUAACUAUAGGAACAUAUUUUCUUCUGCAAUUGUAUGAGCAGCGAUGUUCACAGGCAACAAAUCACUGUCCGACAAUAAGUGAUGGCUUGGUGUAAAGCUGCAGCAUUUGAACAGAAGAGAAAAGGUAGUAUGAAAGUUUGCCUGCAGUAAUUUAGCUUGAGUUGAAGAGACAUUCUUCAGGGAGCUGCUUAUCACAUUGGGUUUUACCUGCUGCUCUCUGCAGGUUUCUAGCUCUUUGCCAUGGAGUUAGUUCAACAAGAGUGCUGACUCGGCCAGCAAAAAGAAACAAACCAAUGUUUAAAAAAUGAAUGGAUAAAUUCUAUGUGAGCUUUGAAAAUGGGAAUGCUCAACAGAGAAAAAGUAAUUCGUUGCUGCUAGCUGGCCCACAUUGUCUUCCAGCUGUUGGCCUGCAGUGACUGUACCCUGUACUGUGGAUUGUUGCACGUUUAUGCAGAGCUAAGCCCUGCUGCCGAUUCUAGAACUGCCGAACCUAACCUCUAGGGCCGACAAACCACAGACAUCAAACAGUUUAUCACAUAACAUGAAAUAAAAAACUGCCUUUGCUGGUAUAGCUGGAUAAGCAUCUGAUUAGGCUUAGCUGAGCUGUAGUGGCUUCCAGUGUCAAUUGGUUUGCCGUACAACACAAAAUAGAUGACUUUUCAGCUAGUGCUGAUUCAGCCCACACCACAGUAGUUAGCUCAGCCCAGUACUUGAACUUAGUGGUUGCGUUUAGGGGUAUGGGACUUAGCAAGCUUGUACUUGGUGUGUAACCUGAGGGGUCCGUUGCAUUUGCCUCACACUUCGUGAACUGGUUCACCGAAGGUCACAGAACCACAGGUUUGUUCUGUGCCUGUGCAAAAAAGAGUCCAGCACCUCUUGCAUGAACCCGCACCAGCUUUUUGGCAAGUUCAGAGAAUGCUGUGCACUUUGGAAAUGCUUGCACUGUGUGAGGCAAACGGCUAUGUGCUAACACCACCAUGUUGCACUGGUGAAAUGAAUAGCAAAGUGCAGAACCACCUGAACUAGCUCAGUAAGUGCAGGCGAGUUGGAUAGACCCAGCAACAACAUUGUCACUAACACCGGCAUGUUCCAUAUUUGUGUGGCAGGUGAUGAGCUGUAUAGGCUCAAUGCACUCACUUGCAUUCAUGCAUGCAUUGCAUAAAGUUUUGUGGUUCACAUUUCAUUGUAGAGAAUGUCCCACUAGAAAAUUUGCUGUAAACGGCAAAGAGCAAGUGAAAAUGCAUGCCACAGUGCAAGCAUUUGAAGUAGGGAGCAGAGUUGAAGAAAAUGAGGCAGUGGACUAAACAUUCGUCAUUUACAUUUGAGGGAAGAAUCCCAAUCUAUUGCGUUAAAAGGACUCCCAAGUCAAGCACUUCUGUCCAUUUUGCUGCAGGUUAAUCAUAUUGUUGGAAGUUUUGUUCACAUCAGUAGCAUGUUGCGUUGCAAGCACCAACUCAAGAAGUGAAUAGCAGGUGUUGCAGAAGAGACAUUCGCUUGUACGGGACACACGUCUCUGGCUUACAAUUCUUUCUUCUUGCCAGUUGUUUCGACUGUUUUAUGUGACAGCCAAUUUGCCGCCGUGUUCGUGGCAUCCUCUCGGCUGAAACAGUGGCACGUUACAGGGACCAAACUUUAUAUAAUCUACUUUGCAUUGCUUUCGACUUUCCAGCCGCCUGCUGAAUGAAUAUGUUCUUUAGUUGAUGUAGCGACUCAAUUUACACCUGUGCGUAGCGUCCAUUACUAUAUUUUAUUCCCCUCCCCACUUUAUUCGUGAUGUAGUGCACAAAAGCUCAGGUAAUAUACUCACCACUUGUGAAUAGUACAAAGCACGGCGGCUGGGCCGCUCUUGCCCUUCUACGACUCCUUGUGCAAUACGAAGGUCGCACAGCCAGCGCGCUGGUUUGCACGCGCACUUAACGCACUCCUAGCAGGCGUAGGAUGGUGCCUGCUGUGUGCACAAUGUUGAGGUGAAGGAAAGGUUGUGUGGACCACGGAAGUCGUGAGAAAACCGGUUUUCUAGGGUGCUCUGAAGUGGGCUGGUUGCAGUUUUAUCUUCCACUCACGAAUUCUUUCCAGAAAGAAAUAUCAAAAUUUGCCUCUCCUCCCCCCUCUUUAUUUUGCAUUUGCAUUCGUUUUUAAGUUUGCAGUCAUGAUAAUUUGGGCCUUUUGGUGUGGCCAUUACAGUAGAAAUAUUGUGCAAAUUGCAAGCAUAGUGAAAUCUCUAGCGAAAGCUGCAAUCUGCACAUAUGUAUGCAUGUAUGUUGCACAUGUCAACACAUGCAUGUGUGCAUGUCAUGGGGAUGAUGACCUGAUGCACGUGUUUUUGGUGAGUCUUCUCACUGCUUCUGUGGUCCACAAGCUUUCAUUUCCGAGAGUACACAUUUAAGUUGUCUCUUAUUUCUUCUCACCUAGAUCUUUAUUUAUUUGUGACCACCUUGAUCUUGGUCGGGUGAGGCACUGUAAUCUCUGUUCUUUUACAUUUCUUUUUGUGCAUUUUGUGGCAUGCAGUUAUGAUUUUAGAAAUCGGUAGGGGCACGGGGAGAUGGGUACAAUGUGUGCGCUUUGGUCGCCUUCGCACAUUGCCAUUGUAGCGACACAUGCGAGCAAAUUGCCUAAGAUUUUGUCACGGUUAUUGGUAGUGUCUGUGAAUGUGGCAGACACGGUGAACAUUAAGGCAGCUUUAAUGGCAAUGUGUUUUUGAAGCUGUUUCUUGGGUGCUUUUAGUAGGCAAGUGACUAUUCCUUAUAGUCAUCUCUGCUGCAGAGAGUAAGAUGCAAUAGCUUUGUUAAUAGUGUCAUAAAUCUUUGGCUAUGACGAAGUUUCAUGAAGCUUUUGCAGCAUGUUGCUGACUUGUAAAACAAAAAAAAUGUUUAAGAAAUUGAAGAUAUACUUGCCCGACGUCAUCACUGACCAGCAGCAGAUAAAGUUUGUCUGUUUUUUAUUCACCUAACAAUGUUGCUGUCAGGUGCACAGUGGCUUAUGAUAUUCUUGUGGCUUCUUUUACGGGUUUUUGCUUUGGCACAGUGACUUCUGCUAACUGAGUGUUACGUCUGUUAAGAGCUGAACUCUGCAAUAUUUUUGUGCAUAUCUAUGCUUUUGGUUAGCACUGAAGUAAUAAUGUACACUCGUACCCACUUCUUUGUUGCUACUAACUCUUAUUGAGAGUCGAGCUGUGUUUAAUUUUGCAGAUGGCACUUGGAAGUGGCACACAAGGCAAUGUCCAAAAGCAGUGCAGGCUGAUACAUGUGUGCACUUUAUCUUAUCUGUGUCUGCAUAAGCAAUGUUUUCUGGCCCAUUGUGUAACUAGAGAGAUAACUUACACAUCCUGAGUUGUACCUUGUGCACUCCUCGUAAACACCCAAGUGCUGCCCAUGGGUGCAAAGUGCUGCCUUACCAAUGCUGGCUGCAACGCGCAGCCAGAUAAAGGAGUAGCUGCAGUGAUCACUGUAAACUGCCCACUCCGUAUGCCCUUCAAUGCGUCAAACUUAAAACCAUCAUCUGGUGCAAGCACUUGAUAUCUGCUGUCUGUGCCUUUCCAAUGGCAGUAGUUGAAGUUUGUACAUUGUCAACACACCAGUCCUGAUGCCAGUUUCUGAGACACCAGAUUUCAUGCUGGUGCCCAGUCCUUAAUUCAGCAGACAGUGAAGCACAUACGGGCUCACAGGCUUGCUUGUUCAGCAAUAAAUAAAUCAUAUUUCAUGGUGAUUGUCACAAAGCUCUCGUCUGCAGACAAUGAUGCUUAGACGCGGCUGUGCCUUGCACAUAUUGUAUAGCCACUUCCUCCUAUAGGAGUAUUAUUUUUUCACAAACUGCAAGCUGUAUGGUGCUAAAUAGUUCAAUGCAGUCUGCAUAGUGUGGAUCGAACAGUGCCUAAAUAUGGAGAGGAGGUUAAACUGUUCUUUCUGCGAAACUGCUUGCCCGUUAGAGUUAAGGUUUCGCACACAGCUAACAUUUCAUGUUAUAGUUGGCUUAGUACUAUGUGUGGGUGCAGUAGUUACCUGUCUUAUUCAGAGUAAAUUAAAAAGACACGUCCACAGCAGUGCCAGCCAGUAAAUGUAGAUUUUCUAAGCUACAUGGCAGUGGUGUCUCUCAACUGUUUUGGCUAGAGACAGCAUACACUGUCUCGCACUAACAAUUACAGGUGGCGCCACUGUUUCUCUCACGGAGAAAGUUACCACUUUUGUCCUGCAUGGCUGUGGAUUGUGUGUAGUUAGUGUUUCUUACCCUUUAUGUUUUUUUUUUAUGUACAUGUGAAUAAAACCAUUUGUUUAUUUAUUAUACAUUCCCCCAUUGCCCAUAAGGCAUUAUUAUGGGAUUUAGUUACAAUGUCAAAUUAGCAUAUUCUUAAAAUAGUAAUACAAACAAGAAUAAAAAUCAAAUAAAGAUCAAAGAGCCAAAAAUCGGCAACAAACAAGCACUCGCAAAAGGAAAAAUUAGUUGCGUACAAUCUUCGGUACUACAAAUGACAAAUUGUAUACAAUCGGCACAUAACAAAUAGUUAAUUAGAAGGCUCGUCAUUUAUUCUGUAUGUAACAGGCAAGUACUGCACUAUUAGACAUUAGACAAUAUGCACUCUCAAAUACUACCACUGUGCAGGUUUUUAGUGCAUACGAGCUAGUGGUUAAGCCAGAGCAGCAGUUUAUGUCGUUUUCUUUGUUUAUACAACAUUCACUACAGAUAUGAGUGCAAAGGGGGAAGCUUGGAACUUGGUGUCGUUUUAUUGUAUGAAGAUGCAGUCAUGCAUUUACAAAGUGAUGUUGAAGUAAUUAAGAGUAUGAAGCCGUGACCCUGAAUGUGUGAGUUCUAGUAUGCAGUGCUAGAGUCCAUAGUUUUUACACAAGGACAUCCAUUGAUUGGUCUCACCAUUGAUUGGUCUCACGUUUGCGCCUCUCGAUUUACUGUCCUCCUGUUUGAAGCACGUAUGAUUCCGAUGUAGUUUUUUUUUUUUUUUUUCCGCUCACUUUGUGCCUUGAGCCAGCAAUAUUUUUGCAGUGAUGCCACUUUCAUGCGUCCUAUUCAUAGAGGACUUCUCUAUCAAACAGCAUUUCACUGCUAUAGAUAUAUAGUGUUUCCUACAAAAAUCAAGCGUGGUGGUACAGCCAGCACAGAAGCAGUACGUGGAUUUGCCUAAAUUUAGUCCUUCUAGCUUCAAACGGCUUUGCGACUUUGCAGAUUGGUGAUUUUUUUGACCAAGUAUGAUUUUGACUAGGUGAUAUAAGGGCAACAAUCCGCAAUGACUAGCGGAGACGUAUUGCCUUGCUGUGUGUAGAAAACUGUGAAUGCUUGGAAAUUGAAAAAGAUUAAGCGUAACAAAUAACGUCACUAGAACAUCUGAAGCUACAAGCAUGAAAAAUCGGGACAAAUACAAGUAGUAACCAUAGUAGCUGAAUGAUAGAGCACCAGAAUUCCCUCUAGUAAUUUUUUUAGGAAACUUUAUGGCUGUAGAAACACUGAGAGAUGUUCGGUUGACCUAGAUUGAUAAAAUACACUUCUGGAAUUAACGAGUGUGUUGGCCUUUGCCAUUAGUGGAGGCAUUUGGUCAUCAGAAAACGAUGCAGAAAAAAAUGGUGGCUGGCAAUGCCACUUUGUGAUUUACGAGCCAACUCUCUGUGGUGUUGAGUAUUUUGGUAGCAUCUGCUCAGCAGUGGUCAGUUGUUUAUAUCAGUAAAAAAAAGGGAUUGCAUUUCAUUUUAGAACAAGCAAAGACUUUAUCUUGCAACUUCUGUCGACAUUUGAUGCGCGAAACCCUAGAGGGCUUGAAUAUGUUAAAAAAGGUGAUUUGUGACAUCAGAAUGACAUUGGUGUCAUGGCUUGAGUGUGAAAUUUAAGAAGAAAGUUUGCCUGUUGUUUCCUCCACUAGUAAUUGACCAUUUUCUGCAAGGAAAUGCAGUUGCGAGUAUCGAAAAAAGAAAAAGAUCCAUCAGUCUAAGACAUAUUGCUGUUCAGUGUUCCCUUUAACAAGUUUCAACUUUUGCCUUUAUUCUUUCACGUACAUGUGCAGAAAUUGUCUAUUCAGGCAAGUGCUGACACGAUUUGAAGAAGUUUGCUGUAUUAAAGCAAAAUGUCAGUUUCUAGUGACCACUGGAAGCAAAUGUGUUACGGGCCCUCGAAUGUAUUGCAAUUUUAUUUUAUUUUUUAGUUUUAUAGAAAUCUAAGCAUCCAGUUUAUGACUGUAACGUGGCAACAAAAGGGGUUAUGUGAACAGCACCUGAUGGAGCCUAUGAAGGAGGCAAAGGUUUCCUGUUAACUGUGGCACUGGUGAUGCCAUGCCACUGUUACGUGAACUGGAAUUUUUGCAUUUUUGUAAUUUUUGUAAAAAAUAAUUGAUAGCCUGAACAACAAGUUUACUACCAUCUGUUCACUGGAAGUGGGCUUUUCCUUUUGAAAUGCAAUACAUUUCAUUCGACUAUGUUAAGAUGUUGCCUAUGGAGAUCUUUCUUGUAUUUCACCUUCGCAUUCGAAUGGUGCUAAUGCUUUCCCUUAAUGUGAUUAAUAUUUUAUGGGCAUGUGCAUGCCAUAUACAUGUGCCUUGAUUGCAUCCCUUGAUUCCUUGCGCCAACCAGAUUUGUGGCUGAUGUGUUGAGGAACGUGUGUGUUCACGACGAAUUCUACAAUGAUGCACCUUCUGCUUUACGGCAUUCAAAUUGCUGCCCACGUCUUGACGGGUGUUCUUUGCACCAUGUUGACAAUGCCUGCCACGUUGAUAAUAAACAUCUAUGCACACGGCUAUGGUACCUAUGGACUGUGACUUGUCUGCUACCAUGAAAUGCCUCACAUUACCAGGCAGCAGCCUGUUAAAUUUGCUCUUUGCUGAUUAUGAAAUCGGUGAAUGUGUUUCCUUGCGUGAUGUCAAGGCCAGUAGAAUUUUUUUGUUGCCAUUUUUUUGCCAGCUGUUUAUAGAUACUGUGCUUGAAGACAGCGCUUCAUUAGAAGUCUUGUGCUGCAGUGUGCAGUGUUAGUAUUAUGGAUGCUCCAACAGUGAACGUCCGAUGAAAGGUUACCGUAUAUCAUUGUGAUCGUUAUACGCAGUGUAUUAUGCAUAGUUCCCAUGUGAUGCACAAAGGUAUUUUUUUAGCUUGUAUGAAAAGGAUUGAUAAGAUGUUUUGUCCAUUUUUGUUUGUUACGCAAUAUUGUAGGCUCGUGAAAUACAAACUGCAGAAACCU